AGAGGGGCUGUGGCUGAUGCUGCUGCUAGCCUGUAUCCAAGGGGCCAGACAGACAGAGAAGGAGACAGACAGCCUGAAAAUUGGGACCACACAGGCACCACCAUCAUCAUCUCAACACUGAUCUGGAGGAGGGAGCAGCAUUGUGAGGAUCUGAGCUAAUCUCUGGUGAGGAACACAGACACAUUGGAAACAUGACCCUAGCAGCGUACAAAGAGAAGUUGAAAGAGCUCCCCCUGGUGUCUCUGUUCUGCUCCUGCAUCAACCCUCAGACCAUCGACUGUAAGCCCAUAUACAAAGCAGAAGAUGCGGUGGAUCUGGGCUGGUGUGUGAUAAAGGACGUGGAGGUGAUAGAGUUGAACAAGCGUGCGUCGGGCCAGGCCUUCGAGGUCAUCCUGAAGCCCCCGUCGUUCGAUGGCGUCCCAGAGCUCAACGUUACCAUGCCCCAACGCAGAGAACUCUCCAUGGAGGAGAUCCAGAAUAAACUAGAGGCUGCAGAGGAGAGGAGGAAGUGCCAGGAGGCUGAGUUGCUGAAGCACCUGGCAGAGAAGAGAGAGCACGAGAGAGAGGUGAUCCAGAAGGCCUUUGAGGAGAACAACAACUUCAUCAAGAACUCCAAGGAGAAGCUGGAGCAGAAGAUGGAGGCCAACAAGGAGAACAGAGAGGCUCUGCUGGCGGCCAUGUUGGAACGGCUGCAGGAGAAGGACAAACAUGCAGAAGAGGUGAGGAAAAAGGUACUAGCUUUAGCAGAUGCGGUGGAUCUGGGCUGGUGUGUGAUAAAGGACGUGGAGGUGAUAGAGUUGAACAAGCGUGCGUCGGGCCAGGCCUUCGAGGUCAUCCUGAAGCCCCCGUCGUUCGAUGGCGUCCCAGAGCUCAACGUUACCAUGCCCCAACGCAGGGAACUCUCCAUGGAGGAGAUCCAGAAUAAACUAGAGGGUGCAGAGGAGAGGAGGAAGUGCCAGGAGGCUGAGCUGCUGAAGCACCUGGCAGAGAAGAGAGAGCACGAGAGAGAGGUGAUCCAGAAGGCCUUUGAGGACAACAACAACUUCAUCAAGAAGGUCACGGAGAAGCUGGAGCACAAAAUGGAGGUCAACAAGAAGAACAGAGAGGCUCUGCUUGCGGCCAUGUUGGAACGACUGCAGGAGAAGGAAGAACACGCAUUAGAGGUGAGGAAGAAAAAAGAACUGAAGGAGGAGGCCUGCCGUUAGACGAGCGGAAAGAUAGAGGGAGAGAGAACGGAGGAGUGGUUUUGUGUCAUUAAAAAAAACAAGAGAUCAAGACAAUGAGGAAAAAAAAGGAAAACCAAAAGCUGCCCCAUCAGAGCGAUGAAGACAGGAGUUGAUGUACAGUACCAGUCAAAAGUUUGGACACAAAUAUUCAUUGAAGGUUUGUUUUUUUUUUGGUGUUUUUAAA